AUGGCAGAUGAUCAAUCUAAUAGCAAAAAUAAAAAACCUAGUCUUCCGAAAUUAAAUGUUUAUCCAAACCAACCUUCACCAGCUUAUGGUGGAAAACAUGGAUUACCACGCACAUCACAGAGUCCUCGUCCAUCUCGUCCACCAUCACCUUCAAGACCGUUGGCUACUUAUCCACAAUGUCCGCCAUCACCUUCGAGACCAUUUGCAACGUACCCACAAUGUCCACCAUCACCUUCAAAAUUACCAUAUAAUUCCCUUUAUCGUGCUCCGGCCAAUCCAUUACCACAAAAUAAUAACUUGUAUAGAACGGUUCCACAACGAGGAUCUGGUGAGCAGCUGCAAUUCCCCCCGAGACCUUUUUACAAUCAAUCUUCACAAAAUUCUCGAAAUUCAAGUACGGUUGAUUUUGGAAAUGACAGUGCCACUUCAUCAAACUCACAAGAUCGUGGUGUUGAGAAUAUAGAAGGUUUCGGUUAUGAAGCUGGUUUUGCUCCUUCCAAAGAAUCCUCGGCAAACUUUAAUAAUUAUAGCUUUGGAUAUAAUCAUAUAAAUACUUCAAGAACCUAUCAACCUUCGCAUACAUCUUGGAGUUCCAAUAAUGGUAAAGUUCCCGUUUCGAAAGACGAGAUUGAAGAAAUUUUCACUGAUCUUACAAAUAAAUUUGGUUUUCAAAAAGAAAAUAUGAAAAAUAUGCUUGAUCACUUAAUGGUUAUGUUGGAUUCUCGUGCCUCAAGGAUGACACCAUCUCAAGCUUUAUUAAGCCUACAUGCUGAUUAUAUUGGUGGAGUAAAUGCUAAUUAUCGUAAAUGGUAUUUUACCGCAAAGAUGGAUGUGGAUGACGGACUUCCCGAAACAGAAAAUUAUAUACUUGAAUGGAAUCGACGAAUGAGUGCCAUGUCACAACAUGACAGGACACGUCAAUUGGCCUUAUGGCUUUUGUUAUGGGGCGAAGCAGCACAAGUUCGUUUUAUGAGCGAAUGUUUAUGCUUCAUCUUUAAAUUAGCAAAUGAUUAUUAUAAUAGUCCCGAAUGUAAGGAAAAUACGCAACCCGUACCUGAAGGGGAAUAUCUUAAAAAUGUUAUAACACCUCUUUAUCGUUACAUUCGUGAUCAAGGUUAUGAAGUUCAAUCAGGGAAAUUCGUUAAGAAAGAAAAAGACCACGUUGACACAAUAGGAUAUGAUGAUAUCAACGAACUUUUUUGGUAUCCGGAAAUGAUAAAUCGCAUAGUCUUACAAAAUGGGACUAGUAUUAUAUCUUUACCUCGUAGUCAACGAUAUUUAAGCCUUGAUCAAGUGAAUUGGGAUCGUGUCUUUGUCAAAACAUACAAAGAAAAGCGUACAUGGCUCCAUUUAAUAGUUAACUUCACGCGGAUAUGGAUUAUUCACGUUUCAGUCUUUUGGUAUUACGUAGCUUAUAGUGCACCAUUAAUAUAUACAAGCGAAGACGUGGAAGAGCCGGCGGUACAUAUGUCUGUUGUUGCUUUUGGAGGCGCUAUUUCGGCAUUUUUUAUGAUAUUUGCAAAUAUCUGCGAAUUUUUUUUCAUUCCAUUAACUAAAGAAAAUACAAAAAUGUUGCUUCGACGAUUCGCAUUUUUAUUUAUUAUUUUAAUCAUGAACGCUGCACCAACUUAUUACAUAGUAAUGAUGUCUCGUAGAGGUUCAACGUCCCUUAUAAUAGCAAUCAUUCAACUCAUUAUUUCAUGUUUUACCACAAUAGUAUUUUCUAUAGCUCCAAGCGCUCGUUUAUUUGGUGGACCGUCAAAAGGUUCUUCAAAAUAUAAGGCACUUAACACAUUUACUGCCAAUUACGCUUCUCUAAGUAUUAAAGAUCGUGUAAUAUCAAUCGGACUUUGGUGUUGCAUCUUUGCAUCCAAAUUCGUAGAGUCAUACUUUUUUUUGAUUCUAUAUCUUAAAGAUUCAGUCGAAACGAUGUUUAAAAUGAGAAUACCUGAUUGUAAUGAUAGAUUUUUUGGCAAUUCACUAUGUUCUCUCAUGCCAUUGUUAAUUACCAUUUUUGUAUGCUUUUUGGAUCUUGUGCUCUUCUUUUUGGACACUUACCUUUGGUAUGUGGUUUGGAAUACAAUUUUCUCAAUGGCAUAUGCUCUCACACUUAGGAGUUCGGUUUUUUCCUCUUGGAAAAACAUUAUUUCCAUGAUACCGGAACGUAUUUACACAAAAAUCUUGGCUACUAACAAUAUGGAAGUUCAAUAUCAACCAAUAGUUCUUGUGCCGCGAAUUUGGAAUGCCAUUAUUCAUUCCAUGUAUAAUAAAAAUCUACUUUCAUACGAAAACGUUCGGAAAUUAACUUAUACACAGGUUCUUGGGCCAAAUGGUGAUGUUAUAUCGAAUCCUCCCACCCUCUUUGUGGAUUGCAAUGAUAAGCAAUGUUAUCCAUCAAUGAGUGAAGCUGAUCGUCGUAUCACUUUUUUUGCGCAAAGUUUAUCGAAUUCCAUUCCAAAUCCUUUACCUGUUCAAAACAUGCCAACAUUUACCGUUCUAACUCCUCACUUUUCGGAAACGAUUCUCCUUAAACUUCGUGAAAUUAUUCGCGGAGAGGAUCAAAACACUCGGUAUACUUUAUUAGAAUAUUUAAAAAAAUUAUAUCCAGAUGAAUGGGAAAACUUUAUCACAGAUACAAAGAUCUUAUCCGAUGAGGAGAACAAAAUGUCUGAAGGAUAUAAUUCGGAAAAGGAAGAUGAAGAGGACAACAUGAGUGAAGAGAAAAAUGCUGAUGACCUAGUAGUUGACAUGGUUGGAUUCAAAUCUUCUUCACCUGAAUAUACUUUACGUACACGUAUAUGGGCUUCUCUUCGUUCACAAACAUUAUACCGUACCAUUUCGGGAUUCAUGAAUUAUUCGGAAGCCAUCAAACUUUUAUACAGUGUCGAAAAUCCUGACAUAUUUAAUUCAUAUGCUGAUCAUCCAGAGGAAUUUGAAAAUGAGAUGGAAUUAAUGGCCCGUCGUAAAUUUAAAUUCAUAGUUUCCAUGCAAAGGUAUAAUGAAUUUACAAAGGAGGAACAGGAAGAAGCGGAUUUCUUAUUAAAUGUUUAUCCGGACCUCCUAAUUGCUUAUAUCGAUGAAGUGCCACCAGAACAAGAAGGAGAUGAACCCACAGUCUUUUCCGUCUUAAUUGACGGUCACUGUGAAUUAUUGCCAGAUGGGAAACGUAAGCCUAAAUUUCGAAUUCAACUUCCCGGUAAUCCAAUUCUUGGAGAUGGUAAAUCCGAUAAUCAAAAUCAUGCAAUCAUCUUUUAUCGUGGUGAAUAUCUUCAAUUAAUUGACGCGAAUCAAGACCAUUAUCUUGAGGAAUGUAUCAAGAUUAGGAAUGUUCUUUCAGAAUUUGAACAAUAUGACAUGCCAAGGAAACCUUAUUCAUCAACUGCUGAACAAUUAACUGAAAGUCCUAUUGCUAUCGUUGGGGCUCGUGAGUAUAUCUUCUCCGAGAAUUGUGGUGCCCUUGGAGACGUGGCGGCAAGGAAAGAACAAACUUUUGGUACAUUAACUCAACGUAUCGUUGCUAAAGUAGGGGGCAGAUUACAUUAUGGUCAUCCGGAUUUCUUGAAUGGCAUUUUCAUGACAACGCGUGGUGGUAUAUCCAAGGCACAAAAAGGAUUACAUCUUAAUGAAGAUAUUUACGCCGGUAUGAAUGCAUUUAUUCGUGGUGGUCGUAUAAAACAUUCAGAAUAUAUUCAAUGUGGUAAAGGACGUGAUCUUGGUUUUGGUUCAAUUCUUAAUUUCACGACAAAGAUUGGCACUGGUAUGGGAGAGCAAAUGUUAUCAAGGGAAUAUUAUUAUAUUGGAACGCAACUCGAUUUGGAUAGAUUCUUGACCUUUUAUUACGCUCAUCCUGGGUUUCAUAUCAACAAUACGUUCAUCAUGUUAUCAAUUCAACUUUUCGUCCUUUGUAUGGUAUUCGUUGGUGCGAUGAAGGCUGGCAUAAAGGAAGAAAUUUGUGACAAAAGUCUUGAAGAACAAGAAGAUCCCUGUUAUGAUUUUGAUCCUAUAACUGAUUGGAUUAAACGUUCGAUCAUUUCGAUCGUCAUUGUACUCUUUGUCACUUUCUUACCAUUAUUCUUCCAGGAAUUGAUAGAAAAAAAUUUCCUACGUAGCUUUAUUUGUCUUUGCAGGCAUUUCAUGUCAUUGUCACCAUUUUUUGAAGUCUUCACCACCAAAAUAUAUGCUGAUAGUCUUAUAACAAAUCUUCGUUUCGGUGGUGCUCGUUAUAUCGCUACAGGUCGUGGGUUCGCUACAACGCGUCUUAAAUUUUAUGAACUAUAUUCAACUUUCGCUGGACCAGGAAUUUACGUUGGAAUGAAGUUGUUAUUGAUGUUAACUUUUGUUUCCAUUACUUCGUGGCUACCACAUUUGACCUACCUUUGGGCUUCAGUAAUCGCACUUUGUGUUUCACCAUUUUUAUUCAAUCCACAUCAAUUUGCUUUAACCGAAUUUAUAAUUGAUUAUCGGGAAUUCUUGAGAUGGAUGUCGCGUGGGAAUUCACAAUCUCAUGCCAAAUCUUGGAUUGGUUAUUGUCGGUUUUCAAGGACGAGGAUUACUGGUUAUAAACGAAAACGAUUGGGACAUGCUUCCGAGAAUAUAGUUACAGAUGUUCCACGUCCCAGUCUUAGCGUCAUCUUUGUGUCAGAAGUUCUCAUUCAAUUAUUAUCGGCAACUCUUUGUAUUAUAGCUUUCAUGUUUGUAAAAAGUCGUGAACCAAAUGCGAAAAAGACGAGUGGUGUAAUUGUCGUAUGUGCUAUCGCGAUUGGACCCAUGUUGAUGAAUGCGGUAAUGUUGGCCGUACUUUUUAUCGUUUCCUUCUUUUUACAACCUAUACUUAGGUUUAAAAAAUUUGGAUCCUCGAUCGCCGUCAUAGCACAUACUUGGGCGAUCAUCAACUUGAUUGGAGCUUUCGAACUUUUAUGGAUUUUGGAAGGGAAGUUAGCGAACGCAGUAUUGGGUAUGAUUUGUUUAGCGGCCAUACAAAAUUUUGUAUUUAAAGUGAUGAUCACAUUAUUUUUGACACGAGAAUUUAAGCAUGAUGAAACAAAUCUAGCAUGGUGGACAGGAAAAUGGCUCGGGAGAGGACUUGGAUCAUCAAUCGCAACUCAACCAUUCCGGGAAUACAUAUGUAAAAUAGUUGAAAUGUCACUUUUUGCAACAGAUUUUAUAUUAGGACACGUAUUACUCUUUUUGUUGGUACCAUUUUGUUUAAUACCACGAAUUGAUAAGAUACAUUCUACCAUGUUAUUCUGGUUGAAACCAAGCAAACAAAUCAGGCCACCAAUUUUUACACCACAACAACAAAAAGAAAGAAAUCGUAUUUUAUGGACUUAUGGAACAUUAUUUUUCUUAAUGUUACUGUUAUUUGCAGCAUUAAUAGUCGGACCUACCAAAUUCUUAAAUUUUAAACUCUCGGUUCCCACUUUUUAA